GGAGUACCUGAUCGAGUCUCCGGCGGUGGCGUUGGUGUUACUACAACAGUGAAAAGUUCAUUUACAGACGACGCACCGAACCAAAACUGUGAUGGCCACGAUAAUGAUCGGUUGCAUCGGUAUCUGCCACGUCCUGCUAGUCUGGAGACACGCGCGCGCACACAGAGGAAUGAAGACGACCCAUGCUGAGCAAUUGUUGAGAACUGUGAUUGCUCUCUCUCUCUCUCUCUCUCUCUCUACCCAGAUACCCUCUUAUCUGCUGCGAAUUUCUUCUCACUUUCUAUAUACAUAUCUAUACGUUUAAGCGCUGAGCCGUAAAACUUCGGAUUUGAGUCAACGUUCGGCUCUCAAUGACGGAGGAUAGUUUCCAAACCCCAGAAAUACUUGCGUUUCUCUCAUGAAAUUGAGGAACACGGGCACUAGGCAAGCUUCUGUUACAAUGGGGGAAUACAAUGGUGUAGAAUAUGUGGGGAUUAAUGAAGUUCCUCCCCCUAGGUUAGAUAAUGUUAGGAAAGUCUCAGUUUUACCCCUUGUAUUUCUCAUCUUCUACGAGGUAUCGGGGGGACCAUUUGGUGUCGAGGACAGUGUGAAUGCAGCCGGUCCCCUUCUAGCCCUUCUUGGGUUCUUGGUUUUUCCAUUCAUAUGGAGUGUUCCCGAAGCUCUGAUAACUGCUGAGAUGGGUACCAUGUUCCCAGAAAAUGGUGGCUAUGUGGUUUGGGUUUCGUCUGCUUUGGGUCCUUAUUGGGGGUUUCAGCAAGGUUGGAUGAAAUGGCUGAGUGGAGUGAUUGAUAAUGCACUUUACCCAGUUUUAUUUCUAGACUAUUUGAAAUCUGGCAUCCCUGCAGUAGGUGGUGGCCUUCCGAGGGUUAUAGCAGUGUUGGUUUUGACUGCAAUCCUCACAUACAUGAAUUAUAGGGGUUUAACCAUUGUGGGGUGGGCUGCUGUUCUUUUAGGGGUCCUGUCGAUCCUUCCUUUUGCAGUCAUGGGCCUCAUUGCAAUACCGAAGUUGAGGCCUUCAAGGUGGUUGGUGGUAGACCUACACAGCGUUGACUGGAACUUGUAUCUGAAUACACUCUUUUGGAAUCUGAACUAUUGGGAUUCAAUUAGUACACUUGCUGGAGAGGUGGAUAACCCAAAGAGGACUUUACCAAAGGCACUGUUUUAUGCUUUAAUACUAGUUAUUCUUGGGUAUUUCUUCCCUCUGCUAACCGGCACAGGAGCUAUUCCACUUAAUCGUGAGUUGUGGACAGAUGGUUAUUUUUCUGAUAUUGCUAAAAUGCUUGGGGGCGUAUGGUUGAGAUGGUGGGUUCAAGCGGCUGCUGCAAUGUCAAAUAUGGGGAUGUUUGUUGCUGAGAUGAGCAGUGACUCUUUCCAACUUCUUGGUAUGGCUGAACGAGGGAUGCUCCCUGAGUUCUUUGCUAAGAGAUCUCGUUAUGGAACUCCUCUAAUUGGGAUCUUAUUUUCAGCUUCUGGUGUGCUUUUGCUUUCAUGGCUGAGCUUUCAAGAGAUAGUUGCUGCAGAAAACUUCUUAUAUUGUUUUGGAAUGAUUUUGGAGUUCAUAGCAUUUAUUCGGUUAAGGAUAAAAUACCCGGCUGCAUCUCGGCCUUACAAAAUACCGGUGGGAACAGUUGGAUCUAUUCUAAUGUGUGUUCCUCCAACAAUACUGAUAUGCAUUGUCUUGGCUCUUUCUUCACUAAAAGUCAUGGUUGUAAGCCUUAUUGCUGUUGUGAUUGGGCUUGUAAUGCAGCCUUGUCUCAAGUAUGUUGAGAAAAAGAGAUGGAUUAAGUUCUCCAUAAGUUCUGAUCUGCCAGAUAUUCACACCGAAUCGUUAAUCGAUUGAGAAAUCCUGGUUAUGUCCACGUGCAAAUGAAGUCCCAAUAAUACCGUUCAAGCUGCAAACAGAAGAACUAUUAUGCCUUCGUCAAGCUUUUGGAAAGACCUCUAUGGAACCAAGAAUGUUAUGGUAGCUUUUGUUUCUCAUUAAGUUAUAUGCCUUGUUUAAAUGCUUAUUUGUAUCUGGCCUAUAGCUUUGAGAGUGACAAGUUAAUUUGUACCUGGCCUAUAGCUUUGAGAGUGAAAGUUAUAGGAAUGAUAAUUAAUUUAGAAAUAAACUUUUGACGGUAUAAUGAGGCUUGGUGAUUUGAAUCUAGUA